UGGGACAUUCCUGCCGAGCAGCCCCUCCCUGCAAGUCCCUCAGUGCGCAGACUCGCGGCUCUCCGCUGUCAGGGCAAGGCAGACUGACAGUAUGGCGGCGGGGUGCAGCUGGAAGGAUGCUACUGUCGCCCGUGAUGUGUAUAUUGCCGGUAGGACGUAAAUGGACAAUUGACGGCAAAAAGAAAAGAGGAUUUAGCGAGAAAGGCUCGUCGCCGUGAGCUCCAAAGAUGGCCAGGCUCGCCGACUACUAUUUAGUGGUCGGUUACGACCUCGACAAGCGAGUGGAGGGUGAAGGGCUAGGUCGCAUUCUCCAGCGGUUUCCUGAGAAAGACUGGGAGGACAGCCCGUUCCCACAAGGCAUAGAGCUGUUCUGUCAGCCCAGCGGUUGGCAGCUGGUUCCUGAGCGGCAACCUGCUUCCUUCUUUGUAGCGGUUUUGACCGACAUCAACUCAGAGCGUCACUACUGUGCCUGCUUCACCUUCUGGGAGGGCCUGGACAACCCCCAGCUGCAGAAGGCUAAGGCCAGCGAGGCGGAUGAGGUGGACGAGGGGCUCGCCGUCGUCCAAUCGGCUCAGGUCUUCGCCCCCAAGAGCCUGGUGCUGGUGUCCCGACUGGACUACACCGAGGUGUUCAGGAACUGUCUGGGUCUGAUCUACACCGUCCAUGUCGACGGCCUGUCUGUCCCCUUGGAAACGGUAAUCGGGAACCUCCUCACGUGUAUCAUCCCCAUCGCUGGAGGCUCCCAGAUAGAGGAGUCCCCAGUUUGUAGUUUAGACACGUUUCCUCAGGCCCUGGCCUGUGACUGGCUGCUGGCCUGUCUCCAGCCGGGCCAGGAGGAGAGAGAGGAGAGUUUGAGGACUAUAACGUUAGGUGCUGGCGACCGGCAAGUUAUCCAGACUCCCAUCGAUGACGCACUUCCUGUCAGUGGCAGCACCGUGGCCCAGCUCUUCAGACAGCUCGGGAUAGUCAACGUGCUGUAUCUGUUCUGUGCCGCGCUGACGGAACAUAAGAUCCUGUUCCUGUCCAGCAGCUACCAGAGGCUGACCGACGCCUGCCGGGGAUUGCUGGCCAUCAUGUUCCCCCUCAAAUACAGCUUCACCUACGUUCCCAUCCUGCCGGGGAAACUGCUGGAGGUCCUGAGCACCCCCACCCCCUUCAUCAUCGGUGUCAACUCAUUCUUUCGCUCGGAGACACAAGAAUUGUUGGAUGUGAUCAUCGCUGACCUGGACGGUGGCACGGUGACCAUCCCCGAGUGUGUCCACAUCUCCCUGCUGCCUGAGCCGCUCCUCCAGCAGACCCAGACUGUGCUCUCCAUGGUUUUGGAUCCAGAGCUGGAGGUCGCUGAUCACGCCUUCCCCCCUCUCUCCACACAACCCUCGGCACUCAAGAUCCAGGAUAAGGAGAUCCGGGGAGUCUUCCUGUGGCUGUUCGCUCGGCUCUUCCAGGGCUAUCGCUGGUGUUUACACAUCAUCCGCAUUCACCCAGAACCAGUGAUCCGCUUCCACAAGGCUGCCUUCCUGGGUCAGAGGUCGCUGACGGAGGACGACUUCCUCAUGAAGGUGUUGGACGGCAUGGCGUUUGCGGGCUUCGUGUCGGAGCGAGGGCCUCCUUACAGAGCCACCGACCUGUUUGAUGACCUGGUGGCCAAUCACGUGGAGCGGAUACGACAAGAGGAGGCCUGUCCACACAAAGUCCUGAAUCACGUCAAAGAACUGGCUGAGCUGCUCUUCAAAAAUGAGAAUCCGUACCCCGCUGUGGCCAUGCACAAAGUCCAGCGGCCGUCAGAAAACAGCCAGAGCGCGGGAAACAAUCGGACGCCGUUCCCUGCGCUGGACGAUGUCGCUGUGCAGCUCUUCAUCGACCACGCUGCCGCCAAGCUCAAGACUGCACCUCCUGUGGUCAAGGCGGAGCUCAAGGGCAUGGUGCCAUCUGGGCCCCCGCUGGGAGACACCGUGGACAGGAACGGCAUCGUGAUGGCCAACAGCGCCCGCAGGCUGGAGGUGGUCAGGAACUGCAUCACGUACAUCUUCGAGAACAAGAUGCUGGAGGCCAAGAAGUUAAUGCCAGCUGUACUGCGGGCGCUGAAGGGUCGGGCUGCCCGGAUUUGUUUGACCCAGGAGCUCAAUCAGCACGUCCUGCAGAACCGAGCUGUGCUGGAUGACCAGCAGUUUGACUACAUUGUCCGAAUGAUGAACUGCACCUUACAGGACUGCUCGCAUAUAGAUGAACAUGGUAUCGCAGCUGCCCUCCUUCCACUGGUCACAGCCUUCUGCAGAAAAAUGGGCGCGGGCAUCACUCAGUUUGCCUACAGCUGCGUCCAGGAGCACAUGGUGUGGACCACGAUGCAGUUCUGGGAGGCCAUGUUCUACAGCGACGUUCAGAGCCACAUCCGAGCUCUGUACCUAGAGACAGAAGAGGGAGAGCAGCACAACAACUCUGAGCAGCCAGACGGGUCAGGCAGUCGGAGGGAGAUCAGCGCCCUGGAGCUGGCGUCGGAGCAGAGCCGCCUGUGGCCGACACUCAGCAAGGAGCUGCAGACGGAGCGCGUGCAGAAGGAGGAGAGCACGGUGUUCAGCCAGGCCAUCCACUACGCCAACAGGAUGAGCUACCUGCUGCUGCCGCUGGACACCAGCAAGAACCGGCUGCUGAGGAGCUCCGGCCUCGGCGACGUGGAAAGCGUCAGCAACAGCUACGUCACAAACAGUAUUGCGGGCAGCAUGGCGGAGAGCUACGACACAGAGAGCGGCUUCGAAGACGCCGAGAGCUCCGACGUGGCUAACUCGGUGGUGCGCUUCAUUAACCGCUUCGUAGACAAAGUGUGUAACGAGAGCGGCGUGACCAACAAGCACCUGAAGGCUCUCCACGCCAUGAUCCCAGAUAUUGUUCAGAUGCAUAUCGAGACGUUAGACGCAGUCCACCGGGAGAGUAAGAGGCUGCCUCCGAUCCAAAAGCCCAAGCUGCUGAGGCCGACGCUGUUGCCCGGGGAGGAGCUGGUGAUGGACGGCAUGCGGGUCCACCUGAUCCCCGACGGCCGCGAGGAGGCCACGGGGCUGAUGGGAGGGCCGCCUCUGCUCCCUGCUGAGGGCGCCAUCUUCCUCACCAACUACCGGCUCAUCUUCAAGGGCACGCCCAACGACCCACUGGUGGGGGAGCAGGUGGUGACUCGCUCCUUCCCCAUUGCCUCUCUGACUAAGGAGAAGAGGAUCUCGGUCACCAUACCAAUGGAUCAGUUCGUCCAGGAGGGGCUACAGCUGCGCUCCUGCACCUUCCAGCUGAUGAAGAUUGCGUUUGACGAGGAGGUCGCGUCAGACCUGGCUGAGGUUUUCAGGAAGCACAUGCACAAGCUGCGCUAUCCUCAGCACGUCCAGGGCACCUUCGCCUUCACUGUGGGUCAGUGCGGGAAGAUGGUGGUGGAGCACAAGACCAAGGACAAGAACCAGUCACUCAGGACACUGUCCAAAAACCUGGUGAAGAGUGCCAAGAGGACCAUCGGCCGGCAGUAUGUGACCAAGAAGAAGUAUUCUCCCCCCACCUGGGAAAACCGGAGCAGCUUCCAGUCAGAGCUGGAUGAGGAUGAAAUUUCGGUUUCAGAGGAAGUGGACCAGAGCUCCCUCACCCUCUCCUCCACUAUGCGCUCAUCCGACAGACAGACCAUGAGCAACGUCGUGGAGCGCGCCUGUUGCCGCGACUACCAGCGCCUGGGUCUGGGCACGCUCAGUAACAGCCUGACGCGUUCGAAAAACGAGCCUUUCAGGAUUUCCACCGUCAACCGCAUGUACACCGUCUGCAGGAGCUACCCCGGCCUGCUCAUUGUGCCUCAGAGCAUCCCAGACACAACAAUACAGAGAAUCUGCCGCUGCUACCGGCAGAAUCGCUUCCCCGUAGUUUGCUGGAGGAAUUCCCGAACAAAGGCCGUCCUGCUGCGAUCUGCAGGCCUCCACGCAAAGGGGGUGGUGGGCUUCUUCAAGUCCCCUAAUGCCCCUGCUUCAGGGCCCUCCCAGGCCGACUCCACCAGUCUGGAGCAGGAGAAGUACCUCCAGGCCAUCAUCAGCUCCAUGCCUUCUUACAGCGACAGCAGUGGCAGGAACACACUCAGCGGCUUCACCUCCACACACAUGAGCACCUCCGACUCCUCAGACAAGCUGAGGCAGCCCAAGAUCGGUGCUCUGAUGAAGCAGGUGAUGGGCACCAGGGAGGAUGUUCCCGGGACGUUCAGCAGAGGAGCUCUUGGUCAAAGGGCGAAAGUCAUCUCCCUCUCUCAGCCCAAAGUGUCUGGCAAGGCCAGGAACCCUUCUAGAGGUAAAUGGGGCAGUAUCCGGGGCAGCGGGCGUCUAAGUGCCUACAACCCAGACGUGGGGACGCGCCUGGCGGGGAAAGAGUCCCCGCAGUCCAACGGAGGGCCGGGCGAGGCACUGUUUCUCCGCCAGCAGAAGGCCUACCUCUACAUCAUUGGAGACAAGGCCCAGCUCAAGGGAGGGAAGCAGGACUCGUUCCAGCAGUGGGAGGUGGUUCCCAUCGAGGUGUGCGACGUGCGGCAGGUGAAGAACAGCUUCAAGAAGCUGAUGAAGGCCUGCGUGCCCAGCUCCUCCACCACUGACCCCAACAUGAGCUUCCUGCGCUGCCUGGAGGAGUCGGAGUGGAUGGCUCUGCUACACAGAGUGCUGCAGGUGUCUGUGCUGGUGGUGGAGCUUCUGGACACGGGCUCGUCGGUCAUGGUCAGCCUGGAGGACGGCUGGGACGUCACCACACAGGUGGUGUCCCUGGUGCAGCUGCUGUCUGAUCCAUACUACCGGACCUUUGACGGCUUCCGGCUGCUGGUGGAGAAGGAAUGGCUGUCGUUUGGCCACAGAUUUAGCCACCGUGGAGCGCAGACGCUGGGCAGCCAGAACAGCGGCUUCACCCCCGUCUUCCUGCAGUUCCUCGACUGCGUACACCAGAUCCACCUGCAGUUCCCCAUGGAGUUUGAGUUCAGUCAGUACUACCUGAAGUUCUUGGCCUACCACUAUGUGUCCAACCGCUUCCGCACCUUCCUGCUCGACUCCGACUACGAACGCAUCGAGCUGGGAGUGCUGUAUGAGGAGAAAGGUGAGAGGAGAAGCCCUCAGGUGUGUAAGUCUGUGUGGGACUACAUCGACCGACUCAACAAGAAAACCCCCGUCUUCUACAACUACAUGUUCUCUCCUGAAGACGACGAGGUGCUGCGGCCGUACACCUUCAACUCCAACCUGAAGGUGUGGGACUUCUACAUGGAGGAGACCCUGUCGGAGGGGCCCUCCUACGACUGGGAGCUGAGGGGCCGGCAGGAGCGCGUGGCGGAGGAGACGCCGGAGAGACCCGACAGCAGCGGCCCCAAAUCGCAGCGGCACAUCGUGUGGCCGUGCUACGACAGCCUGAGCAAGGUAGUGCCCGACGCCAUCACCAAGCUGCUGCAGGACCUGCAGAGCCUGGAGGCGGAGCUCGGCCAGACGUCGGAGAAGUGGAAGGACACGUGGGAUAAAAUCAAGAACGCGCAGAGGACUGAGAUCAAACUGGAGAGCAAGCCGUCGUUCUCCAGCUCCCUGCUGAUGUCGUCCAACCUGAGCCACCAACGGCGCUCUCAGGGCGUGUACCUGCAGGAGAGCGGCGUGGGCUCCUCCAUCAACCUGGCUCUGGACUGCGAGGCCAGCGCCACCUCCACCCCCGCCGCCGGGCGGCCGAGCACCAGCACGCUCUACAGCCAGUUCCAGAGCACGGAGAGCGAGAACAGGAGUUUUGAAGGCAUCCUUUAUAAGAGAGGGGCGCUGUUGAAACCAUGGAAACCGCGGUGGUUUGUUCUGGACAAGACCAAACAUCAGCUGAGAUACUACGAGAGCAGGCGGGACAAGGAGUGUAAAGGGGUGAUAGAGCUGGCCGAAGUGGAAUCGGUCAUUCCAGGAACGUCUGCCAUGGGAGCACCCAAAAACAUCGAGGAGAAAGCCUUCUUUGAUCUCAAGACGACCAAACGGGUGUACAACUUCUGUGCCCAGGACAGCCUCAACGCACAGCUGUGGAUGGACAGUGUUCAGAGCUGCCUGUCGGACGCCUAGACAGGAGCAGGGACUCUUUUUUUUGUUUUUUGUUUUUUUAUUUUAAGGAGCAAUGCAACCAGGAACGAAUGAGCGGUGCUGCGGCACCUGACGGACACCUCUGCCAGGCCGAUCACAGCGGAGCAGGGGGGGGGGGUGCCUUUCACCACUUAAGCUCGGUUCUGUUCGCUAGUGUUGAACUAAUAACCUUGCGUCACAACGUUUCAGUGUUUUUGUUAUAAAAAAAUUUUUUUAAAAAGACAGAAAAAAAAUGUACUGAAGAACCACUCGCUGUCGUCUCACCAAGUAGCUGCAGCC